AUGGAUAUUAUAACUAGUAAUUUGCAGAAAUGUAAAAAAUGUCAAAAAAGUUUACCUAUGGAAGCUUUCAUUAAUGAAAACACACGCCAGUUUAAAACUUGUAAUAUAUGUCACCAUAAUGCUGCUUUACAAUAUGAACAAUCUAAUCAAUUUAAUUCAGAACUUUUAACACUAGAAGAAAUGUCAAAACAACUAUUUGUAAAGAUUUUAGAAAUUGACACUAAUGAAUACUUAGAAAAUGAUUUAACUGGAAUAGAUUUUAAUUGCAAUAUUUCAAUUGAUAUGAUAGACGAUGAUCCAAAAAAAUUAUCCAAGAUGAUCAUUGACUUAAUAAGUGAAAGUGAUGGCUAUUAUUAUAUUUAUAAGGAUUCUUAUACUUCAAAGUUGAUUAAAAUCAAACUUAAAAUGGGAACCAAUAUUGCAUCAGUUAAUCUUCAGCAUUCUAUAAUUCAUAAACAACCUGAACGAUUUGGUGUAAAUGAAAAUAUUGAAGAAGAAAUCAGAAAAAACAUUCAUCUUACUCCAAGUGAUAUUUAUCGAAUUCUAGAACAUGAUAAUCCUAAUUUAACACAAAAGCAACAAGAAUACAUUAGAGAUGAUAAAAAUCAACUAAAUUCAGCUGAAGUUCUUCUAAAUGAAUAUGGAUAUAAAACUCUACUUAAUAAUACUAAAGAUAGAGUUAAAUAUUUAAGCUUUACUACACCAUUUUUUGAAAAAAUGAUAGAAACCCAAGAAAUUGUUGUUGAUGCAACAUAUAAGACUAAUGUUUUUGGAUAUGAACUUUAUGCUAUUAUUGGACAAUUUGAUGGUUCAGGUUUUGCAAUGACUUAUCUAUUUGUAGAAGGAAGUAAAAAAAGUGAUAGAGCACAAACUGAAAUCUUGACUUUAUUUUUUAGAGCAUUAUAUGAUUUAGGGAUGAAAAAUAUUCAAUUUUUUUUAACAGACAAAGAUUUUGCGCAAAUUUUAGCUGCACAACAAAUUUGGCCACAUGUCAAAAUACAAAUAUGUCUUUAG